CUUCCAUCUCUCUCAGCUGAUCCUCUUUUACAAUUCAACUCUCUCUCUCUCUCCAGUCUCCAAUGAGAAGGGUCUCUUGUUCUUAGGCAUGGGAUCUUGGGCCUCUGUUCACAACUCCAAGGGAGCAGAGCCAUCAAUGCUCUGGGGCUGAAGGACUCUGUUUCUCUUAUUAGCCAUGGGCUCCUGCGCCUCCACCUGCAAAGAAGACCAUUCGGAUUCCUCCAAGAGGUUUCCAUUCAGAGUUGGGUCCAAGGACAGAGAGAGGGGCAUCAGUGGGAGGGACUCGGCAGGGGAAUUGAGUUCUAAGAGCAAGCCGGCGGAAAUCGACAGUAAAGAGGAAACCUUCUUUGACUCACAUGCAUGGUUAGAUUCUGACUGUGAAGAUGAUUUUCUCAGUGUUGAUGGAGAUCUCACUCCUGCACAAGGUAGUACUCCAAACUGUCAGAUCGGCACCCAUGGGACACCACGACAGAAUAAAGUCUCCUCUGACAACACAUUUGGUGACACGAAAUCUAAACCUUCUCCCACUGAUAGGAAACAGAAACUUGUUGACCUUCUGCAGGAGAACCAGCAAGGUGAACAGGUGGGGACUGAGCAAUAUGCCAUCCAUGGCAAGCUCAAAACAAAUGGAAAACCGGAAAAUUGCAAAGUUGAUGCUGAUCAGCUUCCAAAGUCAUGGAACGGAAUUCCCUAUAACUCUGCUUGCAGUAGUGACUUCGCUCCAGAUAGAGAUCUGAAACACCUCAAAGAGGAAACUGCGGAGUCUCAACAAUAUUGCUUGCCAACCUUGGUUCAGAGUAUUGGCUUCAGCAACAAGAGAAGGAAAAAGAAGAAGAAGAGCCCUGCAUGCUGAACCGAAUGAUAAGACUAUAAGUGAUCAUUGCAUUUGCAUCACAAGGUAUAAUGUGGUACACCUUGAGGAAUCAUGCUAGAUGUGAGAAACUUACAGAGUUCCUCGCUCACUUGAAAGUUUUCUCCAUUUGUAGUUCAUAUCAUAAGAAUCAUGAUAAAACCAAAGAUUGUUGGGAGGUUUGUAUAGGUGGAAAUAUUGUUAGUGGUCGUUUACAGUCCAUACUGUUAAGCUGGUUGCUUGAUCAAGUUUGUAGACAUACUUUAAGCUGUUUUUGGUUCUGAAGCA